UGGGAUCGUUUCAAUAAUGGGAAACGUGGGGAAGAGUUAUUGUAGGUAUCUCUUCCUAUUUUUAUUUCAUUUUUCAAACAACUCUCUCUUUCCACUUUUCCCUAUUCCUUCGUCCUCUCUUGUUCUUCCCUCACAAUCCAGAAAAACCUCCUCCUCCGUUCUUCUGUCUCUCUCCGAUCGGAAUCUCCACUCCUCCUCUCUCUCGUUCAGAAUCAUAGAGCUUACAUGUCCCUGCGGGAAUGGAUAUCUAAUCAGGAAGGUAACAACAAAAGGCCCUAACAUGGAUCGUCCAUAUUACAAAUGCCCUGGUUUUGAUAAGGCAAGUCUUGAAAUAAUUUUUGUACACUUUUAUUUUAUGUUAUAUAUCUUAACAUUUAUUAUUUGACAGGAAAAUAACAUCAGUGAGUGAUUGUAAUUUCUACUCAUUUGAGGAUGAACUCAAGCACUGUCCCUGUGGACGUGGCUUUUGCCGCACAAUCUUUCGACAUAAAAAAAAUAUUGGUGUUGUUGUGUUAUGGGAGAUGGUGAUUAUAGAUUCUCUGAGAUUUCCUUCGAGUUCCACUCCCCAGGCACAAUCUCUGUCUCCUUCCAGCCGAAGUUCUCAGUCUCCUCCAGUAGCCAAGGAGCAAGGAGCAAUGUGAUGAGGAAGCAUGAACUACUUGUACGAUCUCUCGAAGUGGCCCAAACAAGUUCUGCGGCCUAUCUUGAUCUUAUUAAAGAAUUUGCUGGCUGUGUUACGUAAGAUUUUCUUUUGUUGACAAAAGUGUUACUUAAGAUUAAACUGAGAAAUAUGGCUAUUUACUAGAGCAAAAUGGUUCCUUAUAUGCCUUUCAUAUGUCUUGAUAUGUUCCUUGAUUAAAUUUAGAAAUAUGGCUAUUUACUUUGUUAAUUUGCAUUAGGUCUUACUAGUUGAAAGAUGCCAAUUACAGUGAACUGAAUAUGACUUAACUAAAAUGGAUGAGUAAGUUAAAUGAUUUACUGCAUAUGCAUUGAGAUGAAUUACUAUUAGUGUCACUUAAUUUAGUGGACUUGAGUGGACUGGUUAGUAUAAUGAACCAAGUUAAUUGAGUAUUAAUCAUGUUAAAUGCCAUUAGUCAUGUUGCCUUUGAACUGUCAACUGAUAUGUUCAAUUUUUUUGUUAGAAAAUUGGUUGAAAUAUUAAACUGUUGGUGAUCUAGAUUGAAUUAGUGUUAAGAGUGUUGACUGCGAAGAAAAGGUGUAAAAGGAACCUGAACCGAGCUUCAACUAUGCCGGCGUGGCGACUGCGAUUUCCGGCCACCGUGAAACCCCUGGUAUUUCCGCAAUUGCAGGCUAUCGGUGUGAAAUGUAGAAAGUUGACUAAUUGAUAUUGGGUAGGAAUUAUAUGCUUCCUCAUCUAAGAGAGUGUAUCUUUUCAACAUAGGCCAGGGAGUUAUUGAUGAUGAGGUUGUUGGUUUUUCGAAUCAUGGAGGUGGAACCGGUAUCAGUUCGUUCAUGCAACAAGGGAGUAAUAGUCAGUAUAAAACUAAUAGUUCGGAAAAAGCCGACCAAUUGCUGAAUUCUUUCAGUGUCUAUAAUGGACAUGGGGGUUUUCAGGUUGCUAAUUACUGCCGGGAACGUCUCCAUUCAGCGUUGAUUGAGGAGAUUGAAGCUUAAUAAUCGAGAUUGGCCGGAAUAAAUGAGAGAAAUGAUUGGCAGGAAGAUUGGAAUAAAGUAUUGUUCAACUGUUUUCAGAAAGUUGACGACGAGGUUGAAGGAAUCGGUGCAGGUAAUAGCGGAGGUAACGGCGGGGGAUCUGAGUCUAACAUUGAACCUAUUGCUCCUGAGACUGCUGGGUCCACUGCAGUGGUUGCCAUUUUAAGUCAAACACACAUAAUAAUUGCAAAGUGCGGGGAUUCACGAGCUGUCUUGUAUCGCGGGAAAGAAGCCAUGGCGUUGUCUGCUGAUCACAAACAACAAGCCUGUUCAAGAUUCUUCUGAAGUACAUAACCUUAAUAAUUCUUCUUCACUAAUUUUUUGAACAAAUUUAGUAUUUAAUAGUGUAGAUUAAAAUGUUACCUUCUCUGUAUAUUUGGCUUCUUUAUGGGUGGGUAUGAAUGAACAUAGAAUACUGUCAUAAAUGUUGGUUUCAGCUGCUUAGUAAUAGUGCCUUAGAAGGUUGAUGUAGCUUGGAGCUAAAUGCUAACCCUGUUUGUAAAUUGCUGCCACAUGAAUAAUAGAUAGGUGAAAUUAAUGGAUAGUGCUAUAGUUAAUAUAACUCUUGGCUAGCAGUAUUUCAUGCUCCCCCGUAACACGCGAAACUCUAUCAGUACAACUCAUGCCAGGAACUGAAGUCAAUGUUGAGCUUCAUGUUGGGCUUACUCCGGUUGCUUUUGUUCAUCUAGAAACAGCCAAGCGCUUCUCAUUUAACGUGCUUUAGUUGGUCUCCAUAGUGCCAAGAGUAUCCAAAGAGAAUGUUAUUAAUUCCAGAACCAAAUCAAACAUUAUGAAAGGCAAAGGUGGAUCGGCUGUUAAUCAAGUUAAGAAUGGAGAUACUCACAAGAAGGAACAUCCACAAGCAAUUGUUCAUCUGUUGAUUUCAGAAUCUGUGGCUAAAGGACAUGUAAUUCUAGCUAAGUCUUUUCGUCUUUAUUUGAGACUUAGCCUGCAUUCAUGUACAUUAUGUUGUUCUAAUAAUCAUCUUACUUAAAUCUCCAUGUCUUAGAAACAAUUGCAUGCAUGCUCAUAAAUUUAACUGUACGGGAUAUUCAACCCAGCAAAUUGUUAUUCAAUGCAUUUGAAGUUGGUUUGUGUCA